AUGCCGCUCUCCACGCCCACAGGGCCCUACGCCGUCUCGACGCUCGAGCUCGAGCUGCCCGCUCGCGAGGCGCGUGCCUUUGCCGAGCAGCACGUGCGCCUCAAGGGCCAGCCGGCACUGCGCCUCGAGAGCGCCCUCGUCACGCUUUUCUACCCGACACUCAGGCCGGAGAAGGGCGCAAAGGCGGAGACGGCCGGCUCGGGUUGGCUCAACAGCCCACGCCUCAAGUCCAUCGAAGGCCUGCUCAAGUACGCCGGCAUCAGCAAGUACUUCGCCCUGCCCGUCCUCGUGCCCGCCUACUCGGUGCUCUUCGCAAAGCUGCCCUACGCCCAAAACGCACCGCUAGCUGCGCCGGCUCAGGGCGCCAAGUUCCCAGUCGGUGUGUUCAGCCACGGCCUCGGCGGCACACGCACGACAUACAGUCAGUAUCUCUCCACGCUGGCAAGCCACGGCGUGGUGGUGGCGGCAGUGGAGCACCGCGAUGGCACGGCGCCUUCAACGUCCAUCUACACGCGCGAUGCGGCGGGCAAGGAGAGCGUCGAGACGCGCACAUACCUGAAGCACGAUGAGCUCGACAAAGCAGAAGACGGCAGUGCUAUUGAGCAAAUGGCGCUGCGGCGAGCACAGCUCAAGCUGCGAGAAGCAGAGAUGCAAGAAGCGCUUUCAAUUCUCUCUCGUCUCAGCUCUGGCGACGCCCAGCCUGUUCUCUCUUCUCAUCUCCGCGGCAACGUGGAUGCCCUGCGAGCGGCGCGCCUCGAGGAGUGGAAGGACCGGCUUGAUCUAUCGGACGUCUACGCCCUCGGGCACAGUUUUGGUGGUGCAACCUGCGUAGCGCUCACCAGCUCCGCCGACACGCCGUUCGCUCAAGCGCUCACUCUCGAUCCGUGGCUCGAGCCUCUGCUUUCCGAAGGCGCCACACCACCGCAACCGCGCCGGCCGCUCUUCAUCAUCAACUCCGAGUACUUUUCCAUCUGGCGCAGCCACAUGGGCUCCGUGCGGGAUCUUGUCGCGCGCGCACCGAGCAAGGAGGGACGCAAGCCCUGGCUGUUGACGCUUACCGGCACCAAGCACACCGACUUCAGCGACUUUCCCUUUCUCAUUCCGAGGCUCUUCGCCUCGAACGUCGCGCCCGACGUCUGCAUCAAGGCCUUCGCGAGCGCCUCCUUGGCGCAGAUCAAUGCCGGGCGCGCCGAUGCUGCAGCGACAGCGACGAUGAGCGAAGGCGCGGCAAGCGACAUCAAGACGCUCCUGAGUAGCGCAAAGCUCGACGUCGAAGUGCGCGACGAGCACGCAGAGGAGAUCCAGAAACGCGACAUGAAGGAAGCUGGCAUGCUUGUCGUGCACUCGCUGCCGCACGCGCCGGAGCAGCAGCAGGGCGCAAGUGCUGCGGCCGAGGCAAAGCUCUGA